GUUUGACCUGCUUCGUGAGAGAGUGUACUCUCUGUUUUUUUACUUAAUAGGUUUACUCGUAAUAAUUAAUUAUAAGUAAAGUACUUGCUGUGAUAAAAUACAGGACACAAUGGAGAGGACAAUGAAGAAUGCGAAAAAAGCUAAUCCGGCGGAAGGAGCGAAUCCUCUGUCCAGUUUAAUGUUUUUAUAUAUGUUUCCUAUAUUUAGGAAGUCUUACAAAGCACAACUCACAGAAGACGAUCUAUUUAGACCUUUAAAAUCUCACAAAUCUAGUAUAUUAGGAGAUAAAUUAGAGCGAUACUGGAAGGAAGAAUACCGAAAAAAUAAAAAAUAUCCAUUGCACCGAGCACUUUUUCGAUUGUUCGGAUGGCAGUUUGCCUUUGUGGGCUUAGUCAAAUUUUUAGACGAGAUGUUAUUAAUUGGUGCCAUUCCAUAUUUUAUUCAAAAAUUAGUAUCGUUCUUUGAGCAAGAUCACAAAAGUAUUUCUAAAGAAAACGCCUACUUCUACGCAUCUAUGUAUAUUUUAACAACAAUAAUCAGUACCUAUAUGGCACACCCUUGUAUGAUGGGCAUUCAACAUUUAUCUAUGAAGAUGCGCAUUGCCUGCAGUUCCUUAGUGUACAGAAAAAGUUUGAAACUUAGUAAAACCGCACUAGGACGCACCACUGUCGGUCAUGUUGUCAAUUUAUUAAGUAAUGAUGUUAGUAAAUUCGACCAAGGAUUUGUAUUAGCACAUUUUAUUUGGAUCGGACCAAUUGAAGCUGGCAUUGGUACUUACCUUUUGUGGCGAGAGAUUAAACUGGCUGCACUUUUUGGAACUAUGUUUUUGCUAUCUUUUGUACCAAUACAAGCUUGGCUGGCUAAGCGUUCAUCUGUAUUGAGGCUCAAGACAGCAAUAAGGACGGAUGAAAGGGUUCGUCUUAUGAAUGAAAUCAUAUCUGGAAUACAAGUUAUAAAAAUGUACUGCUGGGAAAAAUCGUUUGCUAAAUUAAUAUCUUUUGCUAGAAGGUUCGAAAUGAAAGCCAUUAGAUCACAUUCGUACUUAUUGGGUGCCAUGUAUUCCUUCGAGAUCUUCGUGUCACGAACAGCCAUUUGUAUUUGCGUAAUUGGUUACGUUUUACUUGGGGGGCAAAUAACAGCAGAAAAGGUUUUCUCGAUUACUGCAAUUUAUAAUCUCUUAAAGCCUGUUGUGACCAUUAUAUUUUCUAUUAGUAUAUCUAGCAUUGCUGAGGUACACGUGUCAAUUAACAGAGUCAAUGAAAUACUGUGCUUUGAAGAAUGCGAUGAAAAGAGUGUUGAUAAAAACAAUGAUAUUAUAAAAUCUGAGAAAAAUGGCUCCAUAAAAAAUGGUAGUUUGGUAGCGUAUAACAAAGAGAAAGAUUAUUUAAUCCCGGAAGUAAUAUUGGACAAAGUAAAUGCCAAGUGGCUUGAAGAGUCGUCUGAAGAUACUUUAGUCAAUAUGAAUUUAAACAUAUCUUCCAGUCAAUUGUUAGCUGUGAUAGGUCCUGUUGGUAGCGGCAAAAGUAGCCUGCUAAACGUGAUACUUAAAGAGUUACCAAUUAAAUCGGGGCGUUUGAAUAUACAGGGUAGUCUAUCUUUCUCUUCCCAAGAACCGUGGUUGUUUUCUGGAAGUGUUAGAGACAAUAUAUUAUUCGGAAAACCAUACGAUGAAGAGCGAUAUGAAAAUGUUGUAGAAGUAUGUGCUUUAAAACCAGACUUUGCCAUGCUACCUUUUGGCGAUAAAACUUUAGUGGGUGAAAAAGGAAAAGCAUUGAGUGGGGGUCAAAAAGCUCGUAUAAAUCUGGCAAGGUGCGUUUAUAAAAAUGCAGAUAUAUAUCUUCUAGACGAUCCAUUAUCCGCCGUGGAUGCCCACGUGGGCAAGCACUUAUAUGAAAGAUGUAUCAAAAAUUUUUUACAUGAUAAAAUUUGCAUAUUAGUAACUCAUCAAUUGCAAUAUUUGAAGAGCGCUGACAAAAUUAUAAUUAUGAACGAUGGUCAAAUUCAGGGACAGGGAAAAUAUGAUGAACUGCUCACCAGUGGCAUUAAUUUCGGAAAACUAUUAGAAAACUUUGCCUCAGAAGAGGUUGAAGAGAAAAAAGAAAAGCAAGUUAAGUCCAGACAAAAUUCUGAGAUGGAAGAAGCUUCGGAUGAGGAUGAUGACCCAGUAGUUGCAAAAGAGCAAAUGGGUUUGGGUAAAAUCAACUCUCAAACCUAUUGGAGAUAUUUGAGAGCGGGUGGAGGGAUGACUAGUAUUUUAUUGUUGACGUUUAUGUUUAUAGUUUGUCAAUUAAUCGCCAAUGGUGGAGAAUAUUUCAUGACUUAUUGGGUUAAUUUAGAACAGAAGAAUCUCGAGAGAAACGCUACAAAUUCAACAUCUACAAAUGAAAUUAUGUAUAUUUAUGGUUCCAUAACUAUUGCUACGAUUAUUAUUGCAUUAGUAAAGUCUAUCUACUAUAUGCUGUUCUUCGCAAAAGCUUCAAUGAAUCUACAUGAUUACAUUUUUGACAAUAUCAUAAAGGCUACUAUGAGAUUCUAUAAUGAAAAUCCAUCUGGAAGAAUUCUUAACCGUUUCUCUAAAGAUCUAGGAACUAUUGAUGAAUAUUUACCUUCAGUGCUAAUUGAUGUGUUAGAAAUCGCUCUGCAACUCCUGGGAGUAAUAGUUAUUGCCGCUAUAGUAGAACCACUACUAAUUAUACCUUCUGCAAUACUUCUACUUAUCAUUUUUGGAAUUAGAAAUAUUUACAUUAAAACUAGUAGAGGGGUCAAACGUUUGGAAGCAAUCAAAAAAAGCCCGAUGUUAAGUCAUGUCACUGCUUCAAUGAAUGGUUUAACAACUAUUCGUGCAUUCAACGCGGAAACAAUGUUGAUUCAAGAAUUUGACGACUUCCAAGAUGCCCACAGUUCAGCUUGGUACCUAUUUUUGGCUUCAGGAAGAUGUUUUGGAUUCUGGUUAGAUAUGCUUUGCAUAACUUUCUCUGCUGUCGGCAUAUACUCUUUGAUUGCCGUUAAUGAUGAAAUCAAAGCUGGAGAUAUUGGUUUAAUUAUAACCCAAUUUAUGGGUUUAAUAUCGUCAUUACAAUGGGGAAUGAGACAAUGGAGUGAACUCGAAAACCAAAUGACUUCGGUUGAACGAAUUCUCGAGUACACAAAAUUAGAAAAAGAACCUGAAAGAAAACCAAAUGAAAACCUUCCUAUAGAUUGGCCCUCCCAAGGUGCCAUAGAGUUUAAUGAUGUAAAACUAAAAUACAAUGACAAUGAACCUUUGGUACUAAAAGGAUUGAAGUUUAAUGUACAUCCUAAGGAAAAAAUAGGAAUUGUGGGCAGAACAGGCGCAGGCAAAUCUUCAACAAUAUCAGCUUUGUUUCAGUUAUAUCCUGUCGAUGGCAGUAUUGUAAUAGAUAACAUAAAUGCCACAGAAUUGCCAUUGGAACAAGUUAGAUCCAAAAUUUCUAUCAUACCUCAAGAGCCUGUGUUAUUCUCGGGCACAAUGAGAAAGAAUCUUGAUCCGUUUGAGGAAUACAGUGAUGAAGUCCUUUGGAACGCCUUAGAACAAGUGGAACUAAAGGAAACGAUAGCAGAACUUCCUGCUGGACUAAACUCUCCGGUAACCGAAGGAGGGACUAAUUUCAGUGUUGGGGAACGACAACUGGUUUGUCUAGCCCGUGCUCUGAUUAGGAACAAUAAAAUUCUAGUUUUGGAUGAAGCCACAGCAAACGUAGAUCCACACACAGACGCUUUAAUUCAAAAUACUAUAAGGGAAAAGUUCGCCGAUUGUUCCGUACUUACGAUAGCCCACAGGUUGAACACCGUCAUGGACUCGGACAAGAUAUUGGUUAUGGAUGCCGGAAAAGUAAGAGAGUUCGAUCAUCCUUAUCUCUUGCUACAGGAUACUAAAGGAUUUUUGUUUAAUAUGGUGGAAGCGACAGGCACUAGCACUUCUAAAAACCUCAAGAGGAUAGCAGAAGAAAACUAUUUAAAACUGAAACAAGAUUAGCCGAAUUUAGUUACCUCAACUUUAAGACUGUGAUUGUAAGGUUUUAUACUUAUUUUUUAUACAAAUCAGUAUUUACAAAUGGCAACUCCUCGAUUAGUAAAUACUAUCAAUACUUAAAUUGAUAACUUAAUUGUGUCAAUUGUUUCUUGCCAUAAUACACUUAUUUAUUUUUCUAUGUAUUAUGUACAUUUAGAAAAUUCAAUUAUUUAAUAAAUUAUUAGAGAUG